AUGGAUAAUCCAUUGUGUGAUCCAAAGAUAACAAUUGAUUCGGCAUUUGUGGACAUAUACUCUGAUUUGGGGUCAGAUGUCAUCACUUUGUUUGCAGACAACACUGUCUAUCAAUUGACUGUCAAAACAACGGAUCCCAUAAAUCCAAGUUUCAGAUACAAGAGAUCCCAAACAUUGAAAAAACAAAUGCCAAAACGAUGGUAUUUAUGGGCAGUUAAUAAGACAAUUAUAUACAGCGAUGUACUUCUGAAUGAAACGGAAAAUCAAUUAAACAACCACUUCAUUGGCGCACAACAUGGUUGGCUAACACUAACCAUAGAUUAUAUGCUAAACGGGAGUCUAAAGACGUCGCAGAAUUGGUCAGAUUUGAUAGGUUUGCUCAAUACAGUCGAUGAUAAUAAAGUGACAAUCGAUGAGAUCGAGGGUUAUUUGUCACAAACGACGGCCGGCUUUGCAUUCAAUGACUAUUUCUAUUUGUUUGCCGGCAAUCGUGUCUGUCGUAUGCAUAACACGACUCUCAGGUUUGACGACAACUGUUUGAAUCAAUCCAUCGCUCAAUGGAUUGGUUGUAAAGACAUGAGAACUGAUCCCAAAGAUAUCGACGAUUUGGGCAUUGAAUCCAAAAAUAAGUCAAAGAUAUCGGAGACAAAGUCAUUGACCGAAAUGUCGUCAUUGGAUGAAAACAGACCAAUAGAUCUCAAGAUUACGACCACUACUUCGGCGGCGGUUAACAAAACAAAGUCCCAAACAAAUGAAGACUAA